AUGGCGCCCCGACAAGAACCCAAGGUCAUUCGACCAAUGAGCAACAUGGAGUUGUAUCACUCAGCCCUACACACUUUGCGUCAUAGCUGUGGUACUUCUGUGGUCUGUCGUUAUGGUCUUCCCAAGCAUCUCGCAUUCGAGUCCGUUCGGGAUAUCUUCCAUCGAGCUAUGGCACUUACAGUAGUUGAACAUCCAAUGCUACAAGUGGGAAUCCUAAACGAAGACUCUGCUGUACCAUCGUGGAUAGAACUUGAUAGUCUUGAUCUUAGUACACAUAUCAGCUGGCAGGAGAUUAAAGUCUCGGACAACUAUGACAGUUGCCUAAGGGAAUCGAUCCGAAGUCAGCUGGAUACUUGGUUCACCGACGUAGAGACGAAGCCAGGAUGGAGAGUUUCCAUAUUAUGGCCAGAAGGGAAGCCUCAAUCGCUGGAUGUUAUCUUUUGCUGGAACCAUACCAACUUCGACGGUGUGGGAGGCAAGAUCCUGCACCAGAGCUUGUUGCGCAACCUUAACGAUCCUCGAGUUUUACAGGAACUGCCCGACCUUAAAGAAAAUACACUCCAGCUCAAGAGUGUUUCCGAUAGGUUCCCUCCCCCUCCAGAGAAACUCGUCAAGAUCCCAAUCUCGUGGGGAUUCGCCCUGUCAACCGUCUGGAAAGAACUGAGGCCUCCGUUUCUCGUAUCCAGCGAUCCCACCCAAGCCAGCUGGGCCCCUAUCAAGGAAGAGCCCUAUCGAACUGAGUUCCGGACCUUUUCGAUUGAAGACGCAACGGUGAAGAAGGUUAUUGAGAAGUGCCGAGUACACAAAACCACCAUCACAGGCCUCUUACACGCCUUACCACUGGCAUCUCUCGCCCUACAACUAGCAGAAGGCAAGAAGCAUUACAAAGAGGAGGCAAAGUCGAUGUAUGCUAUAAGUGCGUUGGAUACCCGUCGAUUUAUGCCCGACCGUUCCGAGGCAUACCCUUGGCAUGUCCCUAGUACAACCAUGGAUAACCAAAUGACUCUAUGCGACCACCUGUUUGACGAGAACUUGGUAGCAGACAUUCGCAGCAGAUGCAAAGGCGUAUCCUCGGACGAAGAUACAAUGGCUCAGCUGGAGGAUGUCGUCUGGUCUGCUGCGGUACAAGCUCGCCAGGAUAUCCAGAGCAAGCUCGACAAGGGCAUGGACAACGAUCCAUUAGGGCUUAUGGGUCUCGUUAAGGACUGGCGUGCGCAAAAGAAGCAGCAGCUCAAGAAGCCUCGAGUAGGAGCCUGGGGUGUAUCCAAUCUAGGAACCAUGGAUGGAGACGUUGAAGGGUCCGGCUGGAAGGUUGAGCGAGCUGUGUUUCAGCUGAGCUGCGAGGUUACUUCGCCUGUGUUCCACAUCAGCUCCAUCAGCGUGAAGGGUAGGGAGAUGUGCGUUGAUGUCAGCUGGCAGGAGGGUGUUGUCGAUGCUGAGAUUGGAGACAAGCUUGCUGCGGAUAUGGAGGCCUGGUUAAAGUUUCUUGGCGUUGGAGGCAAGGAAUGA